AUCAGCUGAUGGUAAUGAUUUGUAAUGUUUUCAUCUCUACUCUUUCUGUUUGAAUGCUCCUAAAAACAAAAAUAAUUAACAAUAUGCCGCAAAUGUGGAACAAACUACUAAUCAAUACAAUAUAUUACUUUAGAUGCAAUAAAUUUAUGCCAAUUUCUUCGGUAGUGAGAAAUAUAGCUACUGUGAAACGAUUUUAUAGAAGAACGAAUAUACUUUCAUGUGGUGACAAAUUUGAGAUUACGUUGGACCAGAGAAAGCUGAAGACACCGCAAGGUAGGGUAUUUGAAGUAAACAGCAAACCCCUAGCUUUAGCGGUGGCUGCUGAAUGGGAUGCACAGAAGGAGACCAUUGACAGAGGAAGUAUGCAUUUGACAUCCUUGUGCAAUACUGUAUUAGACAAUCCAUACAAUUAUACCAAGAUAGAUCUGGUCAAUCAUAUAGUGAACUGUUUAGAAAUGGAUACAAUUUUAUUUUAUUCAAGUGAAGUGGAUGAAUUAUAUCAAUUACAAGUUGAAAAGUGGGAACCUAUAGUUCAAUGGUUUAGUAACCAUUAUGAUGUAAAUAUUGCAAGAACUCAGAGUAUAGAAACGCCUACUGUAUCCAUGGAAACCAAAGCUACUUUAACGAGGCAUUUAUUGUCCUAUAAUUUUAAUAGUAUCUAUGGUCUUGUAUAUGCAGUGGAUGGAUUAAAGUCAGUUAUUCUGACCCUUGCAACAGCUGCAAGAGUAAUUAAAGUCUGGGAAGCUGUAAGUCUUUCACGAUUAGAAGAAGAAUAUCAGAUCUCUCAUUGGGGCAAUGUGGAAUGGCAUCACGAGUACAGCAGACAUGAUUUACAGGCACGUUUAUCGGCGGCAAUGUUAUUUGUAUACUUGAACUCUCAUUCCGCCACGUCGCGACCCAAAAAUGAUGUACCUAAUGUAAGCUAAUCUUAUUUCAAUUAUUAAAGAACCAUUACAUCAAUAGAUAUAAAAUUUGUAAGAACACAACCUGUGUACGGUAAUAUAACAUUAUUUGUAACAUCGAUAUCAAUCGAUUACUCCCUUGAUGUUAAUUAAUAAGAACUGGGAGAAAUCUUUUAUACGCAUUCAGAAGAUUAUUUUUAGCGAUGAAUCAGACAGGAAUGGAACAGUCAGGUCCGACCCACUCUUUUG